AUGACUGCUUCAUAUGGCGGGCAGCCAGGCUUUCGCGCCAUCUCCCUGAUCUUGCUGGCGGUGGCAUUCUUUGCAAGUGUCAGCCUUGCUUCUACCGGCGACCAGCUGCCCGAAUUUCGACAAUGCCUUGACAUCUGCCAAGCCGAAAACUGCGCUCCGGGCAAGACUGCCACUCCCAUCCCUUUGUCCCGCCGCCUCCUCCUCUGGAACUGCGCCUCCGAAUGCGACUACACCUGCCAGCACAUCAUCACCACCCAGCGCGUCGCCUCCGACCUCUCUGUUGAGCAAUUCCACGGCAAAUGGCCCUUUUACCGCUUCUUGGGCAUGCAGGAGCCCUUUUCCGUGCUCUUCUCGAUCGGCAACUUCUGGGCGCACUGGCAGGGCCUGAAGAAAGUCCGCGCCCUCAUCCCGGCCGAUUACUCACUGCGGCCCUAUUAUGAGUUCUUCUCCUACUUUGGGCUCGCCUCGUGGGUGUUUAGCUCCAUCUUCCACACCCGCGACUUCGCUGUUACCGAGCAGCUCGACUACUUCGCCGCUGGCGCCAGCGUGCUGUACGGAAUGUACUAUACCAAUGUUCGCAUCUUCCGUCUCGACCGCCCGACACCACGGAGACGCUCAGUCCUGCGGGCAUGGACGCUGUUCUGUUUUGUGCUGUACGCCUGCCACGUCGGAUAUCUCAAGGGCGUCAGCUGGGACUAUACGUACAACAUGGCCGCCAACGUGGUGCUCGGCGUCAUCCAGAACGCCAUGUGGAGUUGGUUCAGUUUCGACCGCUACCGCAAGUCACGUCGUGUCUGGGCUAUGUGGCCUGGUCUGGCUGUGGCCUGGGUCAUGUUUGCUAUGAGCAUGGAGUUGUUUGACUUCCCGCCUUGGCUGGGCUGCAUCGAUGCCCACAGCCUAUGGCACCUGAUGACAAUUGGACCGACCGUUCUGUGGUAUAACUUCCUGGUCAAAGAUGCAAAUGACGAUAUUGCUGGAAGCGAGAGAUUAAAAGCCUAA